AUGAGGAAAGGUUUGGAAGCUACAGCGGCCCGUUGCGGAUUGGGACUGGGAUACAUGCUGCAGAUGUUGGUGUUACCUGCCCUAGCCAUCCUUAGCGCCAGCAGCCCGGGCUCGGCAGCCCAAGAUGAUGAUUUUUUCCAUGAGCUACCAGAAACUUUUCCAUCUGACCCUCCUGAGCCUCUGCCACAUUUCCUUAUUGAGCCUGAAGAAGCUUACAUUGUGAAAAACAAGCCCGUGAACCUGUACUGCAAAGCUAGCCCUGCCACCCAGAUUUACUUCAAGUGCAAUAGUGAAUGGGUCCAUCAGAAGGACCAUAUUGUCGAUGAGAGAGUAGAUGAAACCUCCGGUCUGAUUGUCCGGGAAGUGAGCAUUGAGAUUUCCCGGCAACAAGUUGAAGAGCUCUUUGGGCCUGAAGAUUAUUGGUGCCAGUGUGUUGCCUGGAGCUCUGCAGGCACCACAAAGAGCCGGAAAGCCUAUGUGCGCAUUGCAUAUCUUCGCAAGACUUUUGAACAAGAACCUUUAGGAAAGGAAGUGUCCUUGGAACAGGAAGUCCUACUGCAGUGUCGCCCACCUGAAGGCAUACCCAUGGCUGAGGUGGAGUGGUUGAAAAAUGAAGAGAUAAUUGAUCCUGUUGAAGAUCGGAAUUUUUAUAUUACCAUUGACCACAACCUGAUUAUAAAGCAGGCUCGCCUCUCAGAUACAGCAAAUUAUACAUGUGUUGCCAAAAAUAUCGUCGCCAAGAGGAAAAGCACGACAGCAACCGUUAUAGUCUAUGUGAAUGGUGGCUGGUCCACCUGGACUGAAUGGUCUGUAUGUAACAGUCGAUGUGGACGAGGUUAUCAGAAACGUACAAGAACUUGCACCAACCCAGCACCACUCAAUGGUGGUGCCUUUUGUGAAGGACAAAGUGUUCAGAAAAUAGCCUGUACAACAUUAUGCCCAGUGGAUGGUCGGUGGACAGCAUGGAGCAAAUGGUCGACCUGUGGAACCGAGUGUACGCAUUGGCGCAGGAGAGAGUGCUCAGCACCAGCCCCCAAGAAUGGAGGCAAGGACUGCGAAGGACUCGUUUUGCAAUCCAAGAACUGCACAGAUGGGCUAUGUAUGCAGACGGCUCCUGACUCAGAUGAUGUUGCCCUCUACGUUGGUGUGGUUAUAGCAGUGAUUGUGUGCUUGGCCAUCUCUGUGAUCGUGGCUCUAUUUGUGUAUCGGAAGAACCAUAGGGACUUUGAGUCGGAUAUCAUUGAUUCCUCAGCCCUCAAUGGAGGAUUUCAGCCUGUCAACAUCAAGGCUGCAAGGCAAGAUCUCCUGGCGGUACCACCAGACCUUACAUCAGCGGCAGCCAUGUACAGAGGCCCUGUCUAUGCUUUGCAUGAUGUCUCUGACAAAAUCCCAAUGACCAACUCACCAAUCCUCGAUCCUCUACCCAACCUGAAAAUCAAAGUGUACAAUACCUCAGGUGCCGUAACCCCACAGGAUGACUUAUCAGAUUUCACAGCCAAGCUAUCCCCACAAAUCACCCAGUCUCUGCUGGAAAGUGAGACUCUCAACUUGAAAAAUCAGAGCCUGGCUAGACAAACAGACCCAUCCUGUACUGCUUUUGGGACUUUCAACUCUCUUGGGGGGCACCUCAUUGUCCCCAAUUCAGGAGUGAGUUUGCUGAUUCCUGCAGGGGCCAUUCCCCAAGGGAGAGUCUAUGAAAUGUAUGUGACCGUACACAGGAAAGAGAAUAUGAGGCCCCCAGUAGAAGACAGUCAGACUCUUUUGACCCCAGUGGUGAGUUGUGGGCCUCCUGGCGCCUUGUUGACUCGACCAGUUAUUCUUAGCAUGCAUCACUGUGCAGAGCCUGAAACGGAGGACUGGAAGAUCCAGCUGAAGACUCAGACUCCACAGGGGCAAUGGGAGGAUGUGGUAGUGGUUGGAGAGGAAAAUUUCACCACCCCAUGCUACAUUCAGCUGGACCUAGAAGCUUGCCACAUCCUCACAGAGACACUGAGCACAUACGCCUUGGUCGGGCAGUCCACCACCAAAGCGGCAGCAAAGCGCCUAAAACUUGCCAUCUUUGGGCCACUGUCUUGCUCAUCUUUGGAAUACAGCAUGCGUGUCUACUGUCUAGAUGACACACAAGAUGCACUUAAGGAAGUUCUGCAGCUCGAGAGACAGAUGGGAGGGCAGCUCCUAGAAGAACCCAAGACUCUCCAUUUUAAAGGCAGCACCCAUAACCUGCGUUUGUCAAUUCACGACAUAGCCCAUUCCCUCUGGAAGAGUAAACUGAUUGCUAAGUACCAGGAAAUUCCUUUUUACCAUAUCUGGAGCGGUUGUCAAAGAAAUCUCCAUUGUACCUUCACCUUGGAAAGAUUCAGCCUGACCACAGUGGAGUUAGUUUGUAAGAUCUGCGUGCGGCAGGUAGAGGGAGAAGGCCAGAUCUUCCAGCUCUCCUGUACAGUGUCAGAGGAACCCACUGGCAUCGACUUUCCCCUGCUGGAUCCAGCAAGUACCAUCACCACCAUCACAGGACCCAAUGCUUUCAGUAUCCCUCUCCCUAUUCGGCAGAAGCUCUGCAGCAGUCUUGAUGCCCCACAGACCAGAGGUCAUGACUGGAGGAUGCUAGCCCACAAACUGAAACUGGAUAGAUACUUGAAUUAUUUUGCAACAAAAUCAAGUCCUACUGGUGUGAUCCUGGAUCUCUGGGAAGCUCAGAACUUCCCAGAUGGGAACCUAAGCAUGCUGGCAGCAGUCUUGGAAGAAAUGGGAAGACAUGAAACAGUGGUGUCUUUGGCAGCAGAAGGACAGUAUUAA